UCUGAACACACCCACCGGCUGACAUUGCACAUAUGUUGUUGUAAAGUUGAAAAGGAUGCUUCCAUAUGUGUAAUCCUUGUCCUUUAUCUUUUUGUUGCAAUGUUUAAUGUAGCAUCAAAAGUACAUAUCUAUCCAUAGCAAGUUUUUUUUUCAUUUUCCAUUUUUCCCCAUCAUCAGAACUCCGUUUCUUCUUCAUGCUUCUGUUAUUUCAGUCUGUAAGUAUAGUAACAGCAAGAGCAAGAAUUAAUAAGAAAAAUGGAAUCGGAAAAAUCUUCCAAACAAUCGUCUUUGAAUAUUCCACCCCUAACGAGGGAUCACCGUGGAUCACUUGAAGUAUUCAAUCCCUCCACCGUCUCAACUCGGCCCAGUAACCCGGCAUUCUUCUCGCAGCCCACAUGGCAGACUUGGACAGAGCUACGUGGGAGCUCCGAACCCUACUCUCCGAGUCCAAACCUCUCCUCCAAUUCGGGUCGGGCCCAAGAAAUCACCUCAUGGAUGGCCCUCGACGAACCGACUCCACCUCUCGUUCGGAGAAUCAUCAACGAUCGCGAUCAAAACCGAGAGACCCCGCCAUCGCCGACCAGUGAAGUUGGUGUGGCGGCACAGAGGGCUGCAGAGUGGGGCUUGGUUCUAAAAACGGAUACUGAAACCGGCAAACCGCGAGGGGUUACCGUAAGAAAUUCAGGUGGGGAAGAUCCCAAUAACAAACCCGAAAGUUCACGGAGAAACUCCAAUAAUUCUGUCAGGAGCUCCUGGGACUUAUCAGAUGACGGCGGAGGCGGUGGCGCGGGCAAGGAGAAACGAAAUAUUAUUCUUCCAAGGGUGUCCGAGGACUUGAAAGAUGCAUUGUCAGCUUUUCAGCAAACAUUUGUGGUGGCGGAUGCUACCAAACCCGAUUGCCCAAUUAUGUAUGCUAGUGCAGGGUUUUUCAAGAUGACCGGGUACACCCCCAAGGAGGUUGUCGGCCGGAACUGCCGGUUUCUACAAGGAGCGGGGACGGACCCUGGUGACGUGGCAAAAAUCAGGGAGGCAUUGAAGGAUGGCACAAGCUACUGCGGGAGAUUGCUGAAUUAUAAGAAAGAUGGGACCCCCUUUUGGAAUCUUCUCACAAUUUCACCCAUCAAAGAUGAAACUGGCACAGUCCUCAAAUUUAUUGGAAUGCUAGUGGAGGUGAGCAAGCAUACGGAGGGGUCCAAGGAUAAGACGAUGCGGCCCAAUGGAUUACCAGAAUCUUUGAUUCGAUAUGAUGCGCGCCAAAAGGAAGUGGCGGCAAGUUCGGUAACGGAACUUGUGGAGGCGGUGAGGAGACCGCGUGCACUUAGUGAAUCAGGAAGUCGUCCAUUCCCGAGAACAUCAGAGGGCGGUGGAGAAGAUGGAAAAUCGGCGGCGGCUUCUAUGGUACGGCGGAAAUCGGAGAACUUGGCGGUUCCGCCCAGACGGAAUUCGCAUGGCAGCGCUAGAAUCUCGAUGCAGCGGAUCAGCGAGGUGGCUGAAGAGAAACCGAAAAAAUCCAGCCGUCUUUCUUUCAUGGGGAUUCUCAAGAAAAAUCAGUCUCAGUCUUCUGCUGGGAGCUUCGACGAUAGUGUUUUGGUGGACGAAGAUGAUGAAAGUAGCGAUGAUGAGGGGCCGGAGAGUGUAGAUGACAGAGUUAGACAGAAAGAAAUGAGGAAAGGGAUCGAUCUUGCCACGACGCUUGAGCGUAUAGAGAAAAAUUUUGUCAUCACGGAUCCAAGGCUUCCUGAUAAUCCUAUUAUUUUUGCAUCUGAUAGCUUCUUGGAGUUGACAGAGUACAGCCGUGAGGAAAUAUUGGGCAGAAAUUGCAGGUUUCUCCAAGGGCCUGAAACUGAUCGUGCAACUGUGAGGAAGAUCCGAGAAGCGAUUGAUAACCAAACAGAAGUUACUGUGCAAUUAAUCAAUUACACAAAGAAUGGUAAGAAGUUCUGGAAUCUGUUCCAUCUACAGCCUAUGCGUGACCAAAAGGGAGAAGUUCAGUAUUUUAUUGGGGUGCAACUAGAUGGUAGUGAACAUAUUGAGCCACUUCACAAUAGUAUUUCAGAAGCCAAAGCGAAAGAGGGUGAAAAACUGGUAAAACAAACUGCAGAAAAUGUUGAUGAAGCAGUGAGAGAACUUCCAGAUGCCAACAUGAAACCAGAAGAUCUUUGGUUGAAUCACUCAAAGGUGGUUCACCCUAAACCCCACAGGAAGGACAGUCCUUCUUGGAGAGCUAUUCAAAAGAUUAUCGAAAGUGGAGAACGGAUUGGUCUGAAGCACUUUAGACCAGUAAAACCUUUGGGAUCGGGUGACACUGGCAGUGUGCAUUUGGUGGAACUGAAUGAAACUGGCCAGUACUUUGCAAUGAAAGUAAUGGAUAAGGGUGUUAUGCUCAAUCGUAACAAGGUGCAUAGAGCUUGUGCAGAAAGAGAAAUUCUUGACAUGUUGGACCAUCCUUUUCUUCCUGCAUUGUAUGCUUCAUUUCAGACCAAAACGCAUGUUUGUCUGGUCACUGAUUACUGCCCUGGUGGAGAACUAUUUAUGCUUCUGGACAGACAACCACUGAAGGUCUUGAAGGAAGAUGCUGUGAGAUUUUAUGCUGCUGAGGUAGUUGUUGCAUUGGAGUAUCUUCACUGUCAAGGAAUUAUAUACAGAGAUUUAAAGCCUGAAAAUAUUUUACUCCAGAGUAGUGGACAUGUGUCCCUGACAGAUUUUGAUUUAUCAUGUUUGACAUCCUGUAAACCACAGCUUUUGAUUCCACCGACAGAUGAAAAGAAAAAGCGCCAGAAAAAAAAGCGACAGAAUCCUAUCUUUGUGGCUGAACCCAUGCGCGCAUCAAAUUCUUUUGUUGGCACUGAGGAGUAUAUAGCCCCAGAAAUUAUAACUGCAGCAGGCCAUACUAGUGCAGUAGAUUGGUGGGCUCUAGGCAUCCUUCUCUAUGAAAUGCUUUACGGAUAUACACCUUUUAGGGGAAAGACUAGACAAAGGACAUUUGCCAAUGUUCUUCAAAAAGAUCUUAAAUUCCCCAAAAGCACACCGGUAAGUCUCCACGUGAAGCAACUAAUGUGCAGCUUGUUGAAUAAAGAUCCAAAAAAUAGAUUAGGUUCUCGUGAAGGAGCAAAUGAAGUUAAGCGGCAUCCUUUCUUCAAAGACAUAAACUGGGCCCUAGUUCGUUCCAUGAACCCACCUCAGCUUGAUGCCCCGCUCUUCGCAACAGAAGCUGGAAUGGAAGACAAAGCUUUGGAACCUGAACUAGAAGAUCUACAAAUAAAUUUUUGAAAGGUUGCAUUCAUGUCAUUUUCAAAAUACAUGUAUAAUCUCCUAGAUGAUAUUGUCUUCAAAAUACAAUUCUGAAGUGCAAUUCUCCCAUACUACAAAUCAGAUGCACUGUUUUGAGGGGGAAAAGACGAUCAAAUUCUCUAGCUUUCUCCUCAUUAUGAUCAAGAUUUAUAACUUAAUACGUUCUCGUCAUCGGAAAGAUAUGUUGAAAGAAAAUUACAUAAAACUU